GGCACUGGCCUGGCGGGCAGGCAGUCUUUGAGUCAGUAUAGAGAUGGAUGCGGUCGUUAGGCGAUUUAAUGAGAAUCUGAUCGCGGAUUCGGCUGCAACAACAAAAAUGAACUAAAUCGAUGUCGUUUUGGAAUCACUGAUAGAAUGGAGGACGAUCUGGCGUCAGAGGAUGAUAUAUUGCUCCAGUCAGAAAAGGAGUUCCAUGAUGCCGCAAAGAGGAACGAUGCAGGAAAAAUGCAGCAGAUGUUGAAGAAAGGAAUGGACAUCAAGACCAGAAACAAAGCAGGCCGUACAGCGCUGCAUUGGGCAGCAGGUGCGGGGAGCGAGCAGGCUCUACGUCUGCUGCUGGACCACAAUUGUGACGUUGACGAGAAGGACAGUUUUGGCAUGAGUGCUCUGCUGCUUGCUGCCUGGUUCGGUCAUCUCAAGAUCCUACAGAUGCUGGUGGCCUCUGGAGCAAAGCUGAACUCAGUAAACAAAAACGGGCUGGGCAUGCUGCACUGUGCUGCCCAGCGGGGCCAUAUCAGAGUGCUGGAGUUCAUCUUGGAAGACCUGGUUGAGGAUGUACAGCUGGACAGUGUAGACAAGUGUGAGAAGACAGCAUUUCACCUGGCUGCGGAACAUGGACAAGUAGAGGUAGUGGAGUUCCUCAUUGGUAUGGGCUGCACCCAUGGCAUCAAGGACCAAGAGGGAAACAUGGCCAUGCACCUAGCAGCUAAGCAGGGACACGCAGCGGUUCUGCAGAAGAUAGUGGAGACAAGAGUGGAUGUGAACGAGAAAAACGGAGACGGACUGACCGCUUUGCACCUGUCCUCUGGUGGAGGUCACUAUGAAUGUGUCAGACUACUGUUGGAGGCCUGCUGUGACGUUAACGCCCUGACAAAUAAAAAUAUGACUGCCCUACACUACGUGGCCCAGCGAGGGUUUGAGAGGGAGACGAGACUGCUACUGGAUGCUGGUGUCAACCCCAACGCUUUGGAUUGUCAACACACAUCUCCUCUUCACAUCGCCGUGCUCAGAAAUCACAUUGAGACAGCACAACUUCUUAUCGAUGCUGAAUGUGACCUUGACAUAUCUGACAAUAGGCUUCAGACAGCCCUGCACAUUGCAGCAGAGCACGGCAGACAGAACAUCGCUGAGAUGAUCCUCAUAGCCGGAAUUAACCUCAAACUACUGGAUAAGCAGGGGAAGACAUCUCUGGAGGUGGCAGCCAGAGGCAACCAUGUCCUCUUAGUGGACAUGAUCAUCAAAGCAGACAGGUUUUAUAAGUGGGAAAAGGACCACCAGAGAAGCAUUGGUGAUUCGUGUCUGGGGAAACAGCUGAGCUUUAAGCAGGACCACCAGCCAGAGACCCAGCACCUGCGCACUGUCAUGUGGAGGCUGGCAACAAAGUACCUGUCCUGCGGGGAGUGGAAGACCCUCGCCCAAUACUGGGGCUUCACAGACACACACAUCCGUGCCAUAGAGCAGCAGUGGACAGGUACAAAGAGCUUUAAGGAGCAUGGACACCGUAUGCUGCUGAUCUGGCUGCAUGGAGUAUUUAUGGCAGGAGAGAACCCAAUCAAAGGCCUGUAUGAGGGACUGACUGGGAUCUCCAGGACAGAUCUGGCUGAAAGCAUCAGGAGGAAGGCAAAUGCAGACACAAGCUCUCCAAAGAAAUGCAGUGCCAUGUGAACAGGUCCACAUUUAAACACAAUGAUCUACAGCAAGACAUGGGAUAAAACUGGGAUAAGUGUCUCAACCAAAAAGUAAUAUAAAGUAUGUAAUGCUUAUGGUACCUGUGCUAAUAUGUCUAAUAUAGGGGUACCCAGCAAGUCAUUGGAAACUUGGACCUGUAACAUCAGCUGUUAGUAUUUCUGUCAUACAGAGAACAUUACUGUGGAAGACUGUUUUUUCUCUAAGAACAUAGUGCUUAUAAAACUGGAUAGCUACCUGAAUGAAAUGUCACUAGUUCUCCUUUUUUGCAUGUACUGUAGUAAAUGUGAAGAUGUUGCUUACUUGGGGCAAUUAAAAAAGAUUUUUUACAAAGCCUUCAGUUUCCAUAUAUAAGGUAAGGGCUACCAGGGUCUUAUUAAGACUUGGGUUAGCUUAACAUGAAGUCCUCAAAGACGUCCAUGUUAAGUCUACUUUAGUCUGAAUCUGUUUUUUCUGAAUUUAUGACCACUCACUGUUUACCCUAAAAAGUAAAGAGGACACCCUUCACUAUGGCACAAAAACAUUUACUAUUAAAGUUUAGAAUUGUCUGCCAAGUCAAUAGAAUGGUUGUGAAUCAAUGUUUUACUAAUGACAUAUUUAAGUAUACAAGUAUUCUUGUAAUGUAAAUUUAAGUCUACAAAAUUAAACAUUUGUACGGAUUGUUAAACAGUCCUCCAUGAAGAAUCCUUUCAGUUCCUUAAUAGUGUUAGUAUUCUUUGAGCCCAAAUUGCAAAAUAGCUACAAAAUCUACAUUUAGUUAUUGCCAUCUGUCUGUGAACCCACUGAAAACCUGUGGUUUGAACUGAAGACAGCAAGUCCAGACAGAAUAACAAGGAAUUAAAAGGUAUUGAAAACAGGCGUACAUCAUCUUGAUCACUACCUUUCUGAGGAUGAACUGUAUGAAAGUACGAUUACAAUUUAGAAUUGUUCCAUCUUUACCACUUAGGCACAAAUGUUGCACAACGAAAAUGCAAUGAAAUGCACUCGACAUUAAUAUACGGUUUUGCAAAUGCUGAACUGUUUUUAUAUGAUGUUUUAUCAAUUAAUAAUGCAAUGGAAUGGACUGUUAAUAAUUUUGUCUUGUUAAACAUGCAUUUAAAUUAAUUAUGAAUAUCUGCAAUGAUUGACUGUAUGCAUUUAAUA